UGCUAGUGCUGCUGCUGCUGCUGGGGAUAGUUAUGCCAGGCGGGAAGGCGGGCGGCGGAGGGAGGAGGAGUAGCAGCAGCAACAGCAGUAGCCAGAGGACUGCACUUAGCUCCAGCCGCAAGAAGCAAUGCUGCACCGCGGAGCAGGAUCCUGGUUCCAGUCCCAGGGCAAACCCAGCGGAGCGGCUCUUACCACCCUCUUGCUGACAGCUUUUUUCUUAUACCCUCCUGCUGGCGUAAAUGGAAUGAUUAAAGGGAAGACAAAGCAUCUCAUCAGAUAUAUUAGCAGUAGCAUUAAGGCUGCUGAGAAAAAUGUAUACACAAUUCUUUCUAAGGUGCAUUCUGAUCGAAAUGUUUAUCCUUCUGCUGGAGUUCUCUUUGUUCAUGUUUUGGAGAGAGAACAUUUUAAAGGAGAGUUUCCUCCUUAUGGAAAGCUUGGUGAGAUAAACAAUGAUCCCAUAACAUUUAAUACAAACCUAAUGGGCUACCCUGAUAGACCUGGCUGGUUGCGCUACAUCCAAAGAACACCAUAUAGUGAUGGUGUGCUCUACGGAUCACCAACUAUAGAAAACAUGGGCAAGCCAACUAUCAUUGAGAUCACUGCUUAUAACAGACGUACUUUUGAGACAGCAAGACAUAAUUUAAUUAUUAAUAUAAUGUCAGCAGAAGAUCUUCUUUUGCCAUAUCAAGCAGAAUUCUUCAUUAAAAACAUGAAUGUAGAGGAAAUGUUGGCCAGUGAAGUUCUGGGAGACUUCCUUGGAGCUGUGAAAAAUGUAUGGCAGCCUGAGCGCCUGAAUGCUAUAAACAUCACGUCAGCUCUUGAUAGGGGAGGGAGAGUGCCACUUCCUAUUAAUGACAUGAAAGAAGGUGUCUAUGUUAUGGUUGGUGCAGAUGUUACAUUUUCUUCCUGCUUACGGGAAGUAGAAAACCCACAAAAUCAGCUGAGAUGCAGUCAAGAAAUGGAACCUCUAAUAACUUGUGAUAAAAAGUUUCGUACUCAGUUUCACAUAGAUUGGUGUAAAAUUUCUUUGGUUGAUAAAACACAGCAAAUUUCUACUUAUCAAGAAGUGAUCCGCGGAGAAGGCAUAUUGCCAGAUGGUGGCGAAUAUAAGCCACCUUCUGAGAACCUGAAAAGCAGAGAUUAUUAUUCAGACUUCCUCAUUACUUUGGCAGUUCCCUCUGCAGUUGCACUGGUGCUUUUUCUAAUACUUGCUUAUAUUAUGUGCUGCCGGCGGGAAGGAGUGGAAAAGAGAAACAUGCAAACACCAGAUAUUCAGCUGGUCCAUCACAGUGCAAUUCAGAAAUCCACAAAAGAACUUCGGGAGAUGUCAAAAAACAGAGAGAUAGCAUGGCCACUCUCAACACUUCCUGUUUUUCACCCAGUCACUGGUGAGAUUGUACCACCUGUUCACCCAGACAAUUAUGACAAUACUAGCAUGCCACUGAUGCAAACACAACAGAACCUGCCUCAUCAGACUCAGAUUCCUCAGCAGCAAACAGAAGAAGUUUCAUCAUAUAGUACUCCAUCUGCAUUGCAUACAUUUCCUCCUGGAAAGUAUUUGCCUUGUCUUGAAGUGUUGCUCCUACAGAUCUCUGAUGUUCUCGGCUGAGGCCUUCAGAAGGGGAUAUUAGAUGUAGUUUCCUGCCACUUUUAGAUAGGUAUGCACUAUCUAUUUUAUCUCCCCCUUCCAGAUGUUCUUUCACCAGUACCAUAGUCCUAAAGUCCAAACAACAAAAUCUUAUAUAGUUAUCUUUAUAUAUAGUUUUUUAUAAUCCAGUGUGUUUCCAAUUAUCAAAGAACCACUGAAAGCAGUAUUUUAUAAUAGUUCAGAGAUCUUACAAUUUAUCUACCAGCCAAAAUUGCAGUCCUGAAUGUUUGACUAUCCAGUAAAAUUUCCCCCUAGAAGAUUAGCCAACAAUCAAAGUUUUUUUUUCUGCAGACAAUUCUCGAGCUUAAAGAUCACAGCUCACUAAAUAUUUAUAAUCCCAGAAGGUCAGCAGUUUUUAAAACAAAUAUAGUUCUCAGUCUGUAUUAGAUGGCCCUGAUGACCAGGACUUAGGGGACAGUAUCAUUUGUGAAUACGUGCAGAUGGCCCGUACUCUCUGGCCACUUGCAGGCCCAUGAAAGCACCCAAUAUUCUAACCCAUCAGAGGACAGCUGGUAUGUCUUGGGGGAAACACCCAAAAGGGAACAUACUAGCUACUUCUGCUUUCUUCCUUCUUAUCUAUACUGUGCCAGCUUUAAAGGGCGAAGUCUUUACCUUGUGUGUGUCAGCUUUGCUGGGUGAAUUGCUUAUGUCAGUGGUUCUCAACCUAUGGGUCGGGACCCCAUUUGGGGUCGAACGACCAUUUCACGGGGGUCGCCAAACAACGCAG